AGCGCUAUGACUCGGUCCGCAAAGCGCCACCUGCCUCCGGCGCCGGCGCUCGGGAUUUCUGAGUUCUCGCUCCGCGGGCCGGGGCUCCGGGGGUGUACGUGCGCGGGGUGCAGGAAGGCAGAGGCCGAGUCCCCGGACCAGGUGGUCCUGCAGAAUUCGGAAUCCUCCGCCCGUCUGGGCGCCCUCUGCCCACCUUGGCGCCAAGCGGACUCGUUGACGUCCGCUGCGGCGGAGGGGUCGCGCGGGGCCCUACGUUGGAAUCAGUAGACGCGAAAAGUUCUUAUUCGCGGAGGCGGCCGGCUCGUUUUCUCGCGGCAGCCGACGACUCAGGGGCCGUGGGCUCUCGGGUUGGGUCCUCGCAUGGUGCAGGGGAGCAGAAGGGCCUGCUAGUCUUGGGAGGGGAGCUGAGGUACCUGUCGUGGCCUGCAGUUUCCCCGCCAGCGGGGCGGAGGCCGCACACACCUUGCUGACGGGGUGGGAGGGGAGGGCCGGGUUUGUGGGUGCUGUAGGUCUGCGACGGGCGCAAGCCUCAGGCACAGUCAGGACGGGUUGCGGUUUGGGCCUGUCAAAGCAUGAAGAAAGGCAGAUUUUGUUCAGGAGCCCUUCCUUCUCUAACAGGCUUAACCUGUGUGUGCUUCAGCAGCCAGAAAGCUGCAGCUGUGCCCAUUCGAAGUCAGAAAACUACAAAUACGCCUCCUAGAGGCUAGGCUGAUAAUUGGCUACACCGGCUGGAAUGGGCGAUGCUGUGCGAAGCUUGAAAUUCUUGGGGGCGGCGGGCGGAUAGGUCCGAAGAUCUAUGCUUAGAGGAAGCUGUCUCUGAAGACAUCAGUAGAAACCUGUAGUGAAGGCUUCUCUUGUUAGGGAAAGCGUAUAUAUUUAAUGUUCAGAGUCUCUUCCACGUCCGUUUAUGGUUACAGAUAAUUGCUUAUUAAUUAAACAGAAGGGAGAAUAAAUGUGAAUUCUCAGUACUAAGCAAGCUAAUCUUUUAGUUUUUCUAGGGGCUCUGUUUUUUUGUGACCACAAUGAAAAAUUUAGACGAUGAUCUGAUAAAUGGCAAACUUCCCAAGCUCAGGAACUCAAAAGAAUGGUUGGAGCCACAGCCACUUUCUUUCAUGGAGGUGUUAGCCAAAGAAGAUAUUGAUGCAGCUAUUCAGUCAGUAUUAUACAGAGAAAAUUAUGUAAUUAAGGAACUAGAUAAGUAUUUAAAACAUCAUGAAUUCUUAAAUGCAAGAAGAAAAGAAAUAAUAUAUAAAAGAUGGAUUGACCAUGUGGCAGAUCCUCUCCAGAAGAAAAUUAUAGAAAAAGUUUGUUCACAUAAGAAGAUUAAAAAAAGGAGACAAGAGGAAUUGGAUGGUUUUUUAAAAUAUGUAAAUAAAAAGGGAAAUGCAUUUAUAGAGCAUUAUGACCCAAAAGAAUAUGAUCCUUUUUACAUGAACAAAGAGGACCCGAAUUUUCUGAAGGUUAUCAUCCCACCUUUUCGUGACCCUUUGAAAAAGGCACAAUAUGAUAAAGACGAUGGGAAAAGAACUCUUCUUCAGUGCGAGACUGGCAAAAUAUAUGCAAUGAAAGAAUUUAAAGAGAUUGAGAAGGCCAAACUACAUUCCAGACUUCCAGGAAUUUCUAAUUCAAGGCACUUUAUGACUCCAAAUGAAUGGCUUAAACUGCCUACAAACUACAUAGAAAGUGAAUUUUGUAAAAGGAGCAGGUUAAAAGUGAAAACGAAUUUUAACGAAAGUAGUUUUGAUUUGAAACCCUUGGCAAGAACUCCUCAUCUGGAAUCCCAGGAAGAAGAAGCAGCAGUUAUUUACAAAAACAUAGGGUCGUCCUUUCUGGAAAAAGAACCUCUGUGUUAUCAGGAGGGAAAGAAUCCAAGUCCCAAAGAGGCCAACCCUAAAGGGCACUUUUCUUCCUUAAACUUCCUUGAGCCAGGAGGUAGGCAGGAGUGCCAGGAUGCAGCAAGAGCUGGUGUCGUUCCAUGUUGCAAUACUGGAAUUGCUGAUACCAAAAACUGAGUGCCUGGGAACAACUUCUCUGUAUGGCAGGCUUCCCAGAGGCAGGAGGCAGUGAACCACCCUCCCCACCCCCUCCUCCUUCCAAAAAAGGGCAAGGGAGGGAGUAGAAGGAAGUGAGGCAGGCUUCCUUCACUCAGAGGGAGUGGAGAGACCUGCCCCUGGGAGCUGCACGGUGGAGCUGGCCCCUGGGGGUGGACGUGGGAUUUCCCUAGCUUCCUCCCCUCAGUUUUUGCCCUUUCUGUCUCGACCAUCUCCACCAUCCCUCUGCCAUUUACUGGUUAUCACAAACCAGGCCCCAAAUUUUGUUCCUCUUAAUUUAGCCAAGAAAAGCAAAGAAAUUUCAAAAGAACCAUAUAUUAAAUUGAAGUAGUAAAAUUUAAAAGUAAAAUAAAAGCCCCCAGAUGUAAAAUGUAUAGAAAUAUAGAUGUUGGCAAGCACAGAUUUCUCAUCCUACAGUGACUGCAGUUAAACUUGGUGCCAUUUGACUCUCUAGCCUACUGCUUCCAGGUCUAGGGCCACAUCCCCUCAGUUCUCUUCUCUGCACCCUGUGUCCCAAGUCUGGAGCAUAGCUUCUCUUAGGAGUGGAUUUAAAGGAGAAGUCACAGCCCUUUCUCCCCAUCUCCCAGUUAGAAAUCAGUACAGAAAUGGUUUGUUAGUCUGAGUACAUUGUCAGACUACUCUCCAUUCUUCUUUUCUGACUCUCUCCAUUUCCCCACUCCUACCCCUAAAGGAUAAAGGAGCUACUUUUUUGCUCACUCAUGGAAAUUUAACUUUGUGGUUUAACUCCUUUUACUGUCAUGUUUUAGUACCCUCACAUGUGCUUGCUUGCCUUCGCCCUCAAAUUUUAACAAGCACCUACUCUGAGCCAGGCAGUGUUUGAGAGGCUAGAGACAGCUGGUAAACAAAAUAGAUAAAAUCUCUGAUUUCAAGGAGCUUACAUUUUGAUGGAGGAGACAGAAGAUAAACAAGCAAAUAGAUAAUUCACUUGAGCUGAUAAUAAGUGCAGUGAUAAAGAUAAAACAAGAAACAAGACAGGAGAACUACCCAACAGAACGAGUUUAAAUGGACAAUGAAGGAAAAAAUAGGUUGCUUUAUAAUCAUACGCUACAAACACUUCUUGUGUAUUGUAAUGGUUAUGGGUAUCUUGAUAGAACAACCCCAAACAGGAUUAUUUCUUACUUUACACUUCUGCCUCUCUUUCUGCCAAAUUUCUCCUAGUUCGGUAAAUAGGACCAUAAUCCAAAAAGGACCCUCGAGACAAAAAUCUAGCAGUCAUUUUUACUUCUUGCUUUCACUCAGUUCCUGUGUCUUACAGGUAACGAGCGCUGUCAGCUUGUUCACUUUUGUCUCACUACUGUCACUGGUUCAGACCACUGUGAUCUUACCCGGCCUAGUGCCCUGGCCUCCUAAUUGGUCUUCCUGCUUCUGCUCUCAUCUCCAUAUAAUCGGUUCUCCAUAUAGCACCAGUUUCUUUUAAAAAUGUGUACUAGAUCAGAAUUCUCCCUUACUCAAAACUUUCUAAUGAUUUCCCCUUACACUUUGGAUUUUAACUCCUGUUCUUGGGGCACCUGCCUUUCUCUGCACACUCACUAUGCUCCUUUUCUUGUUUUGUGAACAUGCCAACCUCACUCCCAUCUCAGGCUUUUGCCUCUGCAAAUCCAUUUGCCUCAAACAGUCCCCAGAUCUUUCAUGCUUCACUCUGUCAGGUUAUUCAGAUCUCUGCACAAACGCCAUCUCUUUGGAGACGCCUUCUCUGACUUCUCUACUUAAAAUAGUUCUCAUCCUUUCUCCCACCCUCCCUACCUGGUCAUCCUGCAGAGAGGUAGGAUCCAGAACUCAACUGGAGGUCAGGACAAUCCAUCCAUUGUAAGAGGAAGGAAGGCAGAGUGCAUGGAUAUAGAAACCAGCUUGGUGAAUUUUGUGAAGGAAGAUUGCUUACUUUUAUUUACUUCGUUUUCUUGACGAAGUCAGAAAGUUGUCCAUCAGCUGAUAGUGAAGGUGGAGGACAGAGAUUUAGAGGUUUGAAAACAGAAGGGAAGAAAGGAAUGGAGGAUUUUAUAAAUCACAAGGAUCCUGGUGUUAAUGAGCACUCCAGGCAUACUGACAUCUGAAAGCAGGACCAGAGAGGACUCCUCCUAUCACAGAUCAGCGAUCUACUCAUCUAUAAUAGGGUUGGCUCUGUCCUGACAUCUCUAUUUCUGAAUCCAGACAAAGUGAGGGGAGGCUGAAUCGGGAGGUAUAGGUGGGGACCAUGCCUGCAAGUCACUUAGCUCUAACUGGAGGGCUAGGCUUCAGGAAGAUCAGCUCAGCUAAGCAGAGGAAUUCCUUCUGCUCUUGUGAGCCCUUCAUCUCUAUAUCAGUCACACUUACCUCUUCUCUUCUGUCACUUU